UAUGAUGGUAAAUUGAUGGCGGCCGCCACGCAUCGCGAGGAGCGCUGUCCAAUAAAGGGAAGCCGUUGUCACACUCCUACUUCCCUCUCUUCGAACCUCAGCAGCACAGCUUGGCGUCGACCGAUUGGGGACUCUGCGAAGUGCGAAGAAACCCUCGCGCUUCCAUCUUCCUGCUCGCAGCUCGCUCGCUGUCGCCGUCUUCCAGCUACUGCCAUGGCGCUCCCGGACACCCCGCGGGGGUCGCUGAUCCCUAGCUUCCUGUACACCUCCUCCACCAGCAGGACUGUGGCUCUGGAGAAGCUACUCGCCCCGUCCUCCGAGCCGGCGGCCUCGAGUCGUGAUUCGGUGCCCUAUCCGGUCCAGAAGAGCUUCGUGGUUCCGUCCCCGAACGAGCCGGCCAAGAAGAAGAUCGAGAUGUACUCGCCGGAGUUCUACGCUGCCUGUACUGCUGGAGGUAUCCUCAGCUGCGGUCUCACUCACAUGGCCGUCACUCCUCUCGACCUCGUCAAGUGCAACAUGCAGAUUGAUCCUGCAAAAUACAAGAGCAUCUCAUCUGGUUUUGGAGUCUUGCUGAAGGAGCAGGGAAUAAGAGGCUUCUUCAGGGGAUGGGUGCCCACUCUCCUUGGUUAUAGUGCCCAAGGCGCUUGCAAGUUUGGAUUCUACGAAUUCUUCAAGAAGUACUACUCUGACAUUGCUGGUCCAGAGUAUGCUUUGAAGUACAAGACUUUGAUUUACCUUGCUGGCUCUGCAUCUGCUGAGGUGAUUGCUGACAUCGCCCUUUGCCCUUUUGAGGCUGUGAAGGUCCGUGUGCAGACACAGCCUGGUUUUGCAAGGGGUAUGGCAGAUGGGUUUCCCAAGUUUAUAAGAUCCGAAGGUGCUCUUGGGCUGUACAAGGGCAUUGUUCCCCUCUGGGGUCGUCAAAUUCCUUAUACUAUGAUGAAGUUUGCUUCAUUCGAAACCAUUGUGGAACUAAUCUACAAGCAUGCAAUCCCUACACCGAAGGAUCAGUGCAGCAAACCUCUGCAGCUUGGUGUGAGUUUUGCUGGUGGAUAUGUGGCUGGAGUCUUCUGCGCUAUUGUGUCUCACCCAGCUGACAACCUUGUCUCAUUCCUCAACAAUGCUAAGGGGGCUACAGUUGGUGAUGCUGUGAAGAAGCUCGGUUUGUUGGGACUCUUCACCCGUGGGCUUCCUCUCCGUAUCGUCAUGAUCGGAACUCUUACCGGAGCCCAGUGGGGCAUAUACGAUGCAUUCAAAGUUUUUGUGGGACUGCCCACGACGGGUGGUGUUUCUCCUACUCCUGCUCCCGUGGCAAGUGCUGCUGAACUUGCCAAGGCUUAAAAUAGGAGUCAUGGAGAAUUGAACGAUUGCAGGGAGUUGGAGAUUGAAUAGUAAUGCGGAUACUGAAGCUGUAUCAGGGCUGUUAAUUCUUUGAAAUUUAGGACCUUCCUUUAAUUGUGCCGGAGGUGGCUUGAUCAUUUUCUAGUUGGAGGUGGUUAACCUUGCUGAGAUCCUUUUUUGUAGUUUAGGCCAUAUGAGGAGUUCACACUGGAAGUUUAGUAUGAUUAACUUAACCCCAUAAGAAGAAAAAUAACGAAUCGUUGUUCGGUUGAUAAUGAUUUUGAAACGUCUGCCCUUUUAUGGAACUUUGCUCGGUAUCUUCGGUAUCUU